AUGUCGGCUAUGGAUAUUGACAGCGACAUCUCCACGGUGUUGGCCACAAUAAGACUGGAGUUGGAGUCGCCAGAACUUGUGCAAUUUCUCUACCAGUUGGAAGAUUUCUACGAAAGAAAGUUAUGGAACCAGUUGACGUUGGCUAUGGAACAGCUCUACAGUCUUCCAGAAAGCAAGGAGGGCUCUUUAAGAGUAAAGUUGUUCAAUAUGUUUUUGUCGCAAUUUCAGAACAAACUCAAUCCCAUCAAACUUGUGGAUUUCUUGUUGCAAUCAUUUGACUCGCCCAGCGACACUUUGGAUAAGUUGAAGGAAUUGAAAGAUCUGAUUGUGGUGGAGUUGACCAAGAAGCUCUCGUCAAGAAAAGUUGACGACUUGGAUGAUCUUAUCAGUAACGACGAGGCCGUCAUCUAUGUCAACUUGCAAAUUGCUCGCUACACCUUGCAAUUAGGUGAAUUGACGGAAGCUGAAGACAUUUUGGACACUUUGAGCGACAAGUUCGAGUCCACCUUACAGAACGAAUUCAGUUCCAAGAUCAAUGGUGCAUUCUACUUGACCAAGUGCCAGUACUACAAGAUCCACGAGAACUACAAUCUUUUCUACACCAACGGCUUGUUGUACUUGUCUUCCAUAGAAACUCCGUUGUCAUACGACGAAAAGGUGCUGUUCUGUUACGACAUUUGCAUGGCAGCCUUGUUGGGUGACAAGAUUUACAACUUUGGAGAGUUGAUCCUUCACGAUAUCUUGAAUUCCAUCAGCGAGCCCGAGGGCCAGUACUUCUGGUUGUACAACCUCAUUCACCAGUUGAACGCUGGCAAUUUGCCUAAAUUCAACGAGUGGUUGGCCAUCGCCUCGCAGAAGUCGCCUGUGCUUGCUCAUCACCAGGCAUUUUUGCACCAGAAGAUCGUGAUCAUGUCGUUGUUGGAGUUAAUCUCAUUGAAGCUGACAACCAAUAAAAGAAUCAACUUCAAGGAAAUCAGCUCGGUGACAGGUACACCUGAGGAUGAGGUAGAGCACUUGAUCAUCAAGUGUUUCUCAUUGAACCUUAUUAAGGGUUUCAUCAAUCAACUCGACCAGGUGUUGGUGGUGACAUGGUUGCAGCCCAGAAUCUUGAACUUGGACCAGGUCAAGACCUUGUAUGACCACUUGGUUGACUGGGACAACAAGGUGGGCAGCUUGGCUGAGAAGGUGCACUCCAAUGGUGGCACUGUGUGGGCUGGCGUGUAA